AGUGGUGUUGGCGUUGUUGGAGACAAGAUGCUCUCACCCGCAUGGUUCAUCGAGAAUGAACAAAAUAUUUCUACUCCUGGUGUGCGAACCAAAAAGUAUUGGCCUGAUUUGGAAGGGUCAACGGACAUUGUGUUCCUUCCUUUCAAGUUUGCUCGGCGACCUGGGUAUCUUGUUCGAAUGGUGCUGGUACCCUCUUGGCUGUUUCUGAUUGUGAGCUACACCGGCUUCUUUAUUGAUCCAAAAUCAGCUCCUGCUCGUGCAGCGGUGGCCCUACUUCCAGUUCUCAUCAUGCGAACUCUGCAAGGUUUUGUGUUCUCCAAGCUCCCACAGGUCGCAACCUGCGUGUGGCUUACAGACUACUUGCUGGGCUCUAUGAUUAUGUGUUGCUAUGCGGCUGUGCACUUGGCCAUCGUUCAGCUUCUCUUGGGCUCAGAAGAGAAAGCAGCGGAGAAUUUGCAACGCCUAAAGAAAGUCGAGAAGACCGCUCGAAAUCUGAUCGAAGAGUCGCGUGAAAAGAAAACUUUUGUGGCCACUUUGCUCAACGACUACGCGCCAGAGGUGAAGAACACUGAUGGGCAGACAACGCUAGUUUCAUAUUUGGCCAAGAAGCAUGGUGAGACAGCGACAAAGUCAGAACGCUUGGGCCAGAGGACAUACCGUUCUUACAGUGAGUUGAUGAUGUCCACUCCGAACACGAAAGAGGCGGGCUCUGAUCCAAAGGAUGACGAUGCCCUUCCAUUGCUUGAGAUAUCUUCUGACGCAUCAAGCCCACGGGGCAAAAUACGAACGACGUCUGUAGAACAUUUUGAUGCACACUUCGCCCUCAACGUGCGGCGUAAUGCUUUGCAUUCACCUAUUGAGCAAAGGCAGACGACGGAAGGUGAUUUGGCCGUCAUCCGCUACUUGCUAAGCCUUUGGCAGCGUGAAGUCCCACAAAGCGACCCAACAGCCACACCAGAGAUGCUUCGAAGGGUCAUGACCAGCUUCAACAUCUAUAUGACAACAUCAGAAACUGCGAACAUCAUGUGCACAUUCCUUCGGGAUAAAGGAUUUGACACUUUGGAAGAUGUCGGCCAGGUGCGGAUGAUAUUUUCGCUAUUUAUGGAGCUCCUUUUAGAUAUCGAGAAGUACGAGAUUGCAGCGAAACCGGAGUGGUAUAGGGUGCCACUUUCCAAGGCAAUUCCUGGGUCGCGGAGGCUGGAUGUGACAAUGCAGAUCCUUUACCCUGUUUUGGUUGUCCUACAUGCUGUGAUCUCAUUUGCCCUCAUUUGUGUCUACCCUGAGAAUCCUGACAUGGGAUUGGUGGCCGAUAUGAAUAGCGUCAUGCGCUGGCAAUAA